AAAUUUCCAGAAGGAAAUACUCGGAAGAUUUCCUGGAAAGUGUUGAUUGUACAUGUAAAUACAUAUAUAUGAAGGCUUGUUCCGCGUUUCUAUCGCCCUUAAAAGAGCGGAUGUUUCAUUUCCGACGUGAUAAAAUCAAACAUUGGAUCAGAAGUCUUGACUUCAUCAAUGACUGGAUUUGUCUUCGGUUCAACGCCGAAUGUAGUACGAAGUUUCUAAAACUAUUCAGAUAUGGCGUAUUGUUUCUUGUGUUUCAUGCUUAUAUUAUGCUUUCUUACUGUCACGUGGUCAAUACAAUGCCAAAAUACUGCUCCAGGCCUCAACAUCCUUCGUCGUGGUGUGGACGUUACUACGUUAGACCUUUUACCACAAAACUUCAAUGACGACCGAGGGUACAAAAAACCCAUUUUUGACUUCACCUGCAACGAUAGUAAGAAAUUAAAUGAGCACGAUUUGCCAGAUCAGAUUUGGGAUGUCAGUAACGUCCCAGGUGGAUGGCUAAUAGAAGAAGUCAAGAUCAUGAAAAGCUAUAACGAAGUAAAACGUCAAAAGGCUUCAAGUACCGGAAUCAACAUUAGCAUUCUUAAGGGAGCUUUCUCUGCCAGCAAGUCUUACAAAGAGUCCCAACACACUAUUAUGAACACUUCCCAAUAUUUAGAAGAAGUGUCUGCUUACGAUUCCGCUUUCAGAGCAGAUCUUUUACCUUCCUGGGCACUUAGGUUGAAUCGUUUUGCUCAACAGUUCAUCAACAACUGGCUUCCAGAAAGCUACGAAGCAAAUCGUGAAUCUUACAAUAGGUUUGUAAACUUUUUUGGAACACAUUAUUUCCAGAAUGCCAACUUUGGUGGCAUAAUAAAUGUUCACAUCAGCACAGACCGUAGCUAUUUCUACCAAAAGACUGAUCGAGAAGUUUCUGCUCAAGCCAAGGCUUCUUAUCUCAAGUUUCUUUCUUUGAAAGGAGGUUACAGUGGAGCAAUUUCCACGGUAGACCAAAAGUUCGAACAGUCUUCAAUUAAACAAAUUAGGUACUAUGGUGGGGAGACAAAUCUACUGUCUUCUAGCGGUAUAAGCACCUGGCAAACCACGGUUGCAGACAACCCUUGGCUAUUUGCCGGUGACUUGGUCUCCAUUAGUAGCUUGUUACAAAAUGAAAACAAGAAAAAAGCGAUGGACAGGGCUAUAGCUUUCCACGUGAACAUAGCUUAUUUGAAAGAAGCACAGCGGAUCUUACGUGCAGUAAAGACCCGAUACGAUGUAGGUACGGAGCAGGUUAAUGAACUACAGCAGCAGAUUCAAAGUGCUCUGACUCAGAUAGAACCUACCCAAGAGACAGUUGAAGCCAUCAGCACAAGUAUAGACAGAGAAAUUAUUGUUCCUUCCUGGUUUAUCGAUAAAACUAUGCUUUGCUAUCGAUGGUACCCAGAUGGUGAUGGUGGCCAGUGUGGAGGUGGGGCAUCACGCCUGCUAUGUGCCAAACCGGGAGAUAUGACCAACUACUACAGGGACGAUACAGACAAGCGUGGAGGAGGCUGCCGAAUGAGCUGGAGUAUAACUACAUCUGGAGAACCAUCUUGGUUUCGUCAAGUCAAGAUUUGUUACCGAUGGUAUCCAGACGGAGACGGUGGCCAGUGUGGGGGUGGAGUAGGUCGACAGCUGUGUGCCUCUGUCAAAAAAUGGACAACUUAUUACAGGGAUGACACUGACCGUAGAGGUGGGGGUUGUCAGAUGUCCUGGAUGCUACAAAUCCCCGACAGUGCCCCACUGUGGCUUAAAAAUGCCAAACUGUGCUACUACUGGUAUGCUGACGGAGACGGUGGUCAGUGUGGUGGUGGAGUGGACCAACAUCUUUGUGCUGUGGCUAACUCAUGGACAACGUAUUAUCGAGACGACACUGAUCGUAGAAGUGGAGGUUGCCAGAUGAGUUGGGGCAUCAAAUUGGCUUAAAUUUAAAUAGUCUAAAUAUCGCUAGAUUUUUGACAUAAAACAUGGACGAAACCGAAAUGUCCAAUACGAUCAUUAAUUUAGGAUCAAAACUACCAUAUUUUUUGAAUGUAUUUCUAAACAAGUAUAUCUGUUCUUAGCUUUUGGAUUCAGAACUCUCACUAGCUGAAUUUAUCCGUUAAAGGAUCAUACUGAAUAACUGACUAUAACUCUCAAGAUGCCAUUCAUUUGCUUCAAACGACAACAUUUAUCAAUAUUAAUUUUCAUUUAAGUAAUAACAUAGUAAUAAUUUUUAUAUACAAAUAUAUAAAUAGUUGAAAUGUAUUUUUUUUCUUUUGAACGGGAAGUACUUAGUAGGGUAGAAUAUGCAAAUAUAAAAUAUGAAAGUUGGUCUUUGAAGUAUAAACUGUUAUUUAGCUAUUUCAAUAAAACAACUACAAAUACA